AUGUUGCAACAUUACCUGCAAUUAUACAUCUCAGUGACAUCAUGUCAAGACUGGGAGAUCACUACAAUAGAGGGGAUCGGCAACCGAGCGCGAGGGUACCACCCCGUGCAGAAGACCCUGGCUGAGUACAACGGCACCCAGUGCGGGUACUGCAGCCCAGGUUUUGUCAUGAGCAUGUACAGCCUCCUAGAAGCAAACGGGUACGACUUAACUCAGUAUGAAAUUGAAAACUCUUUCGGAAGCAACACCUGUAGAUGUACCGGCAGCAGACCCAUACUCGACGCCUUCAAAAGCUUCGCCAAGGACGCUCCCAAACCUCCUCCGAAAAUUGAAGACAUUGAAGAUCUAAAGAUUUGCCAAGGAAAGGGUGACUGUAAGGGAUGUCAAAAAGAUAAGAACUGGUGUAUUGUCAGCCAGAGCGAUGUUGACCCUCCUCGGAUUAAGAAAAUCAAUCUGAAAGACGGUCACGUGUGGUACAGAGUGAAUGAGAUUGCCGAUAUAUUCACUGUGUUGGAUGCCGAGGGCUACGAGUCUUACAUGCUGGUCAACGGAAAUACUGGUCGAGGUGCUGUUCCAGUUCUGGUGCACCCGAGAGUGUUAAUAGACAUCCAGCCAAUAAAGGAACUCAAAGGAUAUUAUUUAGAUCAGAACCUGGUCGUCGGCGCUGGUAUAACUCUGACAGAUCUAAUGGAACUGUUCAAGAACGUCUCGAAAGCUCACGAGGAGUUUCAGUAUUUGUUCAAACUUUACGAACAUUUAGAUUUGGUCGCCCACAUUCCUGUGAGAAAUAUUGGUACUGUGGCAGGAAAUCUUAUGACUAAAUAUCGUCUAAAUGCUUUCUCUUCAGAUAUAUUUUUAUUAUUGGAAACUAUUGGAGCUACUUUAGUUAUAGUGGGGAAAGGACCAUUAAUGGAAGUAACUCCAGAACAAUUUCUUUCAAUAGACAUGACAGGACGAGUGAUAGCUCAUGUUAAGAUACCACCGCGUUCUCAUAGAUACCAGUUUGUGUCUUUUAAGAUCAUGCCUCGUGCACAAAACGCGCAUGCUCAAGUGAACGCAGCCUUCCUAUAUGAAUUCGAUGAGCACCAGAAGGAUGUAGUCCUAUCAGCUAGGAUUGUGAUUGGUGGACUGUCGGGAAAGUUCGUUCAUGCUACUGAAACCGAGAAGUUCCUUCACAUGAAGAAGAUAUUCACUAAUGAAGUGCUGCAGCAAGCACUGAAGAUACUGGAAGGCGAAUUGAUAGUCGAGGAGAUUGCAGGCGAGAUGAAACCUGCGUAUAGAAAGAAAUGUGCCCUCGGCCUGUUUUAUAAAAGUCUACUAGUACUUAUUCCGAAACAACGUCUUAAACCUUGGUAUCGUUCAGGAGCGAGAGACUUUAGAAAGACUAGACCACUGUCUAAAGGCUCUGAGGUCUACGACACAAAUCCCAUAAUAUGGCCAGUCAACGAACCGAUGCCAAAGGUUGAUGCAUUGGUACAAUGUGCAGGAGAAGCGCAGUACUGUAAUGACUUGCCAACACAACCCAAGGAAGUAUUCUGUGCUUUUGUGACGUCAGAUAUUGGAACAGGAGAGAUUGAGAGCAUCGAUGCUACUCCAGCCCUGAAAAUACCCGGCGUAUUAGCGUUCUUCUCAGCCAAGGACAUUCCUGGCAAAAAUUCAUUCUUGUCGCAAAGAGUACCUGCUCAGUUAUUCCCUGAAGAAGUUUUCGCCGAAAAAACCAUUAAGUACUACGACCAACCAAUAGGAGUGAUCGUUGCAGAAACUGAAAGAUUAGCCUACAGGGCUGCUUUAUUGGUUAAAGUUAGUUAUAAACUUGAUAAAAAGAAACCAAUCUUAACCAUAAAGGACGCUAGAGAGAGAGAACCGAGUCGAGUAACUUUAUUUGCAGUAUUCCCAGCCAGAGACCGAGGCAUAAACGUGCAACGAAUUCUUAAAGGCACUGACGAUAUUUUUGCGCAGUAUAUGUACACAAUGGAAACCCAAACUACAGUCAGCAGGCCGAGUGAAGAUGGUAUUGAUGUGUACGCUAGUACGCAAUGGAUGGAUUCUUACCAAGUCGCACUCUCUGAAGUACUCAAUAUUCCACAAAAUAGGAUAAACAUAACUGUUCCUCGAUGUGGUGGUGCGUAUGGGGUAAAGAUAACUCGCGCGAACCACAACGGUGCUGCUUGCGCUCUGGUCACCCACCUCAUGGACCGACCGUGUCGCUUUGUGAUGAGUAUGCAGUCUAAUUUAAGAGUUGUUGGUAAACGACUUCCUUGUACUCGAGACUUUGAAGUUGGCGUCAGCAGUUCUGGAGAGAUUCAAUAUCUGGAGUAUCAACUGUUCGGUGACAAUGGGUAUAUUGUCAGUGAUCCUAUUGGUACUGCCCAGUUCACUGGAGUUAGAAAUUGUUAUGACAAUAGACGAUGGCAGUUUAAGAUAUUCAACGUUACCACAGACAUAGCCUCCAAUACGUUCACGAGAUCACCCGGAACUUUGGAAGCAAUAGCAAUGACAGAACAAAUAAUGGAAAGAAUAUCGUACGAUUUAGAUCGUGACCCUGCACAGGUAAGAUUGAACAACAUCGAGCCGACCUAUGUCGAAGUACAGGAGAUGGUACAGACGCUACUCAGAGAUGGCGAAUACAACAAACGUAAAGAAGAAGUACAGAAUUACAAUAAAGUGAACAGGUGGAAGAAACGUGGUCUAAGAGUGGCUUUCAUGAAUUGGCCUGCUCCUACAUUAAUUGACUAUAAUGUACUACUCUCCGUCUACCAUGCUGAUGCAACAGUAGUUAUACAUCACGGGGGCAUAGAAAUGGGACAAGGGAUCAACACAAAAGUCAUUCAAGCUGUGGCUUACACACUCAAAAUUCCAAUUGAAAAAAUCAAAUGUAAGCCUGCAACAGCUUCAACAAAUCCUAAUACUUUUGCUACUGGAGGUAGUAGAACAACACAAGCUGUCUGUUUUGCCGCUAUAAAAUGCUGCCAGAUUAUUCUGGACCGUUUGUCAGCUGUACGAGACACUUUGAAUGAUCCUACUUGGGAAAUCUUAGUUGAAGCAGCUUACAUUAGAGGAAUAAAUCUCCAGACCAGCUAUCGAGUCACUGCUAAUGAUCAGGUACCAUAUAGAGCAGGAGGGGUGGCCCUGGCUGAGGUAGAACUUGAUAUACUGACCGGAGAGCACGAAAUACUAAGAGUUGAUAUUAUUGAAGAUGUCGGUACUAGCAUCAACCCAGAACUGGAUAUUGGACAGAUCGAAGGAGCUUUUAUGAUGGGAGUCGGCUACUGGACCCACGAGGAGCUGAUCUAUGAUGAGAAGACUGGAGAGCUGCUCACCGACCGCAGCUGGUACUACAAGGUACCUCUCACCAAGGACAUACCAAUCGACUUCAGAAUACAGCUCAGGAGGAACUCUUACAACCCCAUCGGGACUUUGGGUGCAAGGGCGGUAGCGGAGCCCCCCACGUGCCUGUCUAUUUGCGUAGCUUUCGCUUUGAGAGAAGCCAUUGUGUCAUCGAGGGAAAACACAGGCUAUCCCAGAAACAAAUGGUUCAGAGUAGACGGCCCCUUCACAUUGGCUGCUAAUGUGCUAUCCGCAGAUGUCAAGCUUGAAGAGUUCUUAUUUUAUUAAUUUAUUAGUUUAUCAAUCAACAGAUAACUUUUUACCUUAGCCUUACGCACUAGCGGUUGACCGCCUCGGCGGUUCGUAUCAACAGACGCGGUUGUUAUACCGGUAUUUUUAUUUUAUUAAGGGG